AUCGAACCGAACUCUCUUGAACCGAGUUACUUGAACUGAAUCUAAUGAGUCGAACUCACCGAAAUGAAUCUUUUUGUACUGCCGGGAAAGACCCUCUGCCGGGAUGAAGCGAACUGUACGACACCUGGAACGAAGGACGGGGACAGGACACGGCAUCAGUCUCCACCAAGCAGCUUGUCCCCUGUGAGGACUCUGUCUCCUCCAAGCAGCUUGUCCCCUGUGAGGACUCGGUCUCCUCCAAGCAGCUCGUCCCCUGUGAGGACUCGGUCUCCCCCAAGCAGCUCAUCCCCUGUGAGGACUCGGUCUUCUUCAAGCAGCUCUUCCCCUGUGAGGACUCGGUCUCCUCCAAGCAGCUCGUCCCCUGUGAGGACUCGAGAUAAAGAGAUCAAGAGGAAGAAGAUGAAGAGAUGAUGUUAUGGACUCGUCUCUGAGCAACAGUUUAAGCAAAAGUCUCAUCUCACUCGUUCCUGUUCAGUAUCUCACCUCAGGCCUGGGGAUAUCAAAGAUUCCUGUAGAUGAUGUGUUGUGUAUACAGUAGAACAUCAGCUGUAGGAGAACCAGGGAAUAAUUGACCAAACAAGGAUUUGAAUAU